AUGUAUUCUAAACCAAGAUACAACACUAAAUCACACAGACGUGCUGGCGGCAGAGCCAGAGCCGGCCACAGAGCUUCCCACCACCACAGAGGCCCUGCUAGCUACCACAGAGGUGGCAGAAGAUACUCUGGUUACCAUUACCCACAGCCUUCCAACAAUAAGGUGUACAUUGAGGAGCCAGAGACUGAAACUGAGGGCGAGGAGGAGUCUGAGAGUGAAUACGAGGCUUACGCUUCUCCAGACGAGGACGAACAGGUUUAUGAGUUUGGCCUUGAUGAGAAUGAGCCUGAGUACUAUGAUGAUGAGGAAGAGGAAGAGGUUCCUAGCGACAUGGAGGAGAUUUUCAUCAUUGCUGACGACAACGAUAAUUUGGUCGACAUUAACGAUAUUUUGGCCGACGAAGCUUUGGAUUACAUGGAAGCUGAAGGUUCUCUUAGAGAUGUGAACGACGACUUGGUGCGCUUUUACGAUUCUGACACCGAGUCCGAGUCUGGCGAUGAGCUCGAGCUUGUGGCUGCUUCUGACGUGGAGUCCGACCUGGAUUCCGACUUGAGCUCGGACGUGUCCGAGGCUUCUGGCGACGACUCUGAAAUUGACGUUGAACUUGAUAGCGAGAUCGAGGACCUCCAGAAGACCUUGUACCUUUUGUCUGGCGAGGCCGAGGACGACGAGAGCGUCACUGACCUUGAACUUGACUCUGCUGACGAGUUGGAGGAUGUCAGAAGAGCUUACGCUGAUGAGCUUGAAAGCAGUGACGAGGAGCAAGUCUCUGAGUUGCUGAGCGAUGAGGACGAUGAUGUUUUCUUUGAAGUCGGCUCCGACUACGACUCUUCUGAUGACGACCUUUCCGACGACGACGAGGACGUCGCUGUUAACGACCUUGCACUUUACGACUCUUCUUCUGAGUCUGACUCUUCUGAUGACGAGGGUAUCACGAUCUACAGGCAUAGAUUCGAUUUGCCCGACCGUUACGACAGUGACAACGACUCUACCGACGAGGAGUUGAUUUCUUACGACCCAGACCAGCAAUUGCUCAUAGCCAACGACUCUGACGACGAGUUUGACGUCAUUGACUUGACCAGAGACUUGAAGGACUCUAAGGACUGUGAGGUUCUUGAGCUUGACGACAACACUUACAAAUUGAACCUCAGAUUGCCAUCUUUGAUCAAGGAGGACCUCAAAAUCAACUUCUCCAAGGCUCAGAACGAGUUGGUCAUUACUGGUAAGUUCAGCUUCACUGGCGAGGAGUCUGAGGACGAAGACGCUGAAGAAGCUGAGGAGGUUUCUGAAGUUGACAGAAUUGCCGAGGCUCUCGAGGCUGAGGAUGCUCAAGCCGCUGACGCCGAUGUUCAGGCUGCUAAGGCUGCUGAUGCUGCUGCUGAAGACGAUGACGAAGACGAUGAGGAAUACGAGAGCGCCGACGAGUCUCUGUCCUCUUCGUCUUCCCUGUCGAGCUCUGACUCUUCUGAUUCCGAAUCUGAUUCCGACUCAUCUUCUUCUUCCGACUCUUCUGAGUCUGAGUCCGAGUCUGAUUCUGACGAGGAGGACGAGGUCAUCGAGGAUGCUCAGGACCUCAUCAAGGACUUCCAGAGCCAGGAGAUCCAGUUCGAGAAGCAUUUCGUUUUCGACAAGGUCAUCAAGGCUGACGAGAUCCUGGCCAAGUUCUUGGCCAACGGUGAGUUGGAGAUGAUUCUCCCCAACGAAGGCGUUGAGGUGAACAAGGACGAAGACAAGAUUGACAUUGCCAUUGAGUCCGCUGAGGAUGUUGCUGAGGCCGACGCCGAAGUCGCUGAGGACGUUGCAAUGGAGGAAUAA